UUCCAACUAACUUUCAUUUUCAAACCACAACAGGUCACUCAAGCACGAUGCUGCCGACGACAUUCGCAGCCCCGGAUUAUACCCUUCCCAGCUCUUCUGCACAAACUAAAUCACCAUACUCUCUCUUCACAGCUACUCCGUUGCCCGUGGCGUCCAACGCAGUUACCAUGGAACCCCCACAGGUAUCUAAAAACAUCUGUGCUCUGAUCCUCUCAGAAAUUCAGGAUGCUGGCUCCAGAGGCGGACAAAUCCCCAACUUCAGUACCUCACUAUUCGCGACCGAUAUUCCCAUAACCCACCCGCUAAAACCCCUCCUCGAUGCAUCGCUCGAUGCCAUCCUCCGAGCAGUGUCUCCAAGGACCCUCCAAUCUUACGUGACCGCUUGGAGAAACUUUAGAGCAUUCCACAUCUCCUAUAACAUGCCGUUCCCCGAUUUCUCUCUCCUUUCUAUCACCUCAUUUAUUUCCCACCUUAAUACCAUUAAAGGCCUCCAAGUAGGAUCCAUUAAAGGGUACCUGAGCGCCAUUCAGUUUUUCCAUAAACUAAUUUACGGCACUCCCUCGCAGGAGAUAAAUAAUUCUCAAACCUCCCUCCUGCUUAAAGGUAUUCAAAGAUACCAAAUCCACCCGACCCGACCCGACACCAGACAACCGAUAACAUUAGACAUCCUCAACAAAUGCAUUCGUACCCUCCGCACAGGCUACCAACUUCUCAAUACCGCACGAACACUCGACUCCAUGUUCAUCCUAGCCUUUUUCAGCUUUCUUAGAUGCUCAGAACUUGCUAUUACUUCUAAAUUCAACCCAAGAAACAAUCCCACUAUCUCAGACUUAUCAGUACUAGAUGGAGAAACAAUCUCCUUUUUGAUUAAACAAAGUAAAACUGACCAAACCAAAAAAGGCCAUUUUAUCUAUAUUUUUAACCUUCCGUCGCCAAUCCAUCCAUACCAGUCAGUUCGGGCAUAUCUUCAAUGGAGAAGCUCCCAAGCCAAAUCUCCUGCAGAACCCCUGUUCAUAGACGAAUCAAAUAAACCCGUGACGCGCUUUUGGUUCCAGAAACACCUCAAAUCUGUCCUCCAGCAGUCAGGUUUCCCAACAGAGUGCUUUUCAAGCCACUCAUUCCGCAUAGGGGCCGCAACUUCAGCAGCCCAAAAAGGCCUUUCCCAACAGCAGAUCCAAGCUCUUGGGAGAUGGUCCUCAGACGCUUUCCAAAGCUACAUCAGGACCAACCGUUUUCAUAUCAAAAAAGCCCACCAAAGCCUCAUUGACUAAAACCCUCUGGGCCACUCAGCAGGGUUAGCGAGCAUUGGUCUCCCAGAUGACACAGCGAGAAAUCUCCUGGGCAAACAUUAAUUUUUCUUUUCUGUUUUUCAG